GGGAAAAAAAAAAAGAGGAAAAAAAAAUCCAGAUAAGCGGGUCUUGUCGUGUCCGGAGGUUCGGGGCCGUACCCGGGUGUCGUCGCUGCCCGCGCCGACACCAUGAAGGCUCAGCCCGCGGCUGCCUCCGUCCUCUGCCUGUGCCUGGUGCUGGCGGCCUGCGCCGCCUCCGCCGCGGGAGGGCUCGGAAAGGGUUUUGGAGAUCAUAUUCAUUGGAGAACACUAGAAGAUGGGAAGAAAGAGGCAGCAGCCAGUGGUUUGCCUCUUAUGGUUAUCAUCCACAAGUCCUGGUGUGGAGCUUGCAAAGCUUUAAAGCCAAAGUUUGCUGAAUCCAAGGAGAUCUCUGAACUUGCCCAUAAUUUUGUUAUGGUCAACCUUGAGGAUGAUGAAGAGCCAAAGGAUGAAGCCUUUAGUCCUGAUGGAGGUUACAUUCCCAGAAUCCUCUUCAUGGACCCCAGUGGAAAAGUCCAUCCAGAAAUCAUAAAUGAGAGAGGAAACCCCAGCUACAAGUAUUUCUAUACCAAUGCUGAUCAAGUUGUCCAAGGGAUGAAAGAGGCCCAGGAGAAGCUGACAGGUGAUGCUUUCAAAAAGCACCUGGGAGAUGAACUAUAAUGAAUACACUGAAUGAGACCUUUUCAUCGCUCCAAAACUGCGAGGAAAUGAUUAAACAGACCAAGAAUGUAGAUGCACUGAAGGGACAUAAUUCCCCUGUCCACAAUGUUAGGUUAAACCCUGUUUGGAGUUCACACACACACA